AUGUCGUUCACAUUCAACUGGCCCCGUUUUUCUGACCAGUUUCAUUACGAUGCAAUGCAGAUGCUCAACACCGCUCUUAACAAGGGCAACAAGCCGCCGAUCAUAGCGGACAAAAUUGAGGUCGUAGAGUUGGAGAUGGGAACUCAGCCACCAGAGUUGGAAAUACGCGAUAUUGGUGACCUGACCGUCGAUCAAUUUCGAGGCAUAUUUCGCCUUACAUAUGCAGGAGAUGCCCAUCUGGUCCUCAAGACAAAAGUUCAGGCAAACCCGCUAAACCAUAAGCAGCCCGACAUUCACCUAAUGGUGGGUUCAGGAGGUAUGCUUGCAGCGAAGCAACCCCUCGUGGUUCCUAUGCUUCUCCGUUUAUCCCAUUUCCGGCUCAGCUCCUACGUCGUGCUUGUUGUAUCCAAGCAGAAAGGGAUCACACUUGUCUUCAAAACCGAUCCCCUCCAAAAUGUCGACAUUAACAGUACAUUUGAUUCAAUCGCUGUCAUUCAAAAAUUUAUACAGCGCGAGAUCGAGGGACAGCUUCGACAAAUGUUUCGAGAAGAUCUCCCUGGCAUUAUUCAUCGCCUUAGCCAACAAUGGGUCAAAGCAAAAGUUGAAGCCCCAUAUUUAUCCAAACAUCCUCCUCCUCCAAUCCCUCCUGAAGAAAUUAGCGAACCUGGUGACUAUGGCGAGGAAGGUGAAUUUCCAUUUGGCUCACCUCCAAACCACCACUCAUUAGAUCCUGAUCCAAAAAUUGUCCUACGACCGUCUCUCAAUAAUGCUUCCAUACAUCAACUAUCCACCCUAAGCCAUUCAAACCACACCCUAUCCCCAUACACCCGCUCACUGUCACAUUUUACCGUCCGCAGUGUUCCACCACGCGGUAUUGGGCCAUCAGGACUUUCUGCCUCCUUUGAGCGACAGCCCGUUAAGGCCAAGAGGAAACGAACGUAUCGACUUGGCGGGAGGAAGCCGCCCCCUGAGUCCGUUCCUGCUGUCCCUGACUCGCCAGAACGAGCUUCGUCGCCGAUUCCGCCAUCCGAGUUUGACGAGUCAGAUAUGGAUCGAUAUUUCCGUUCUUACGAUGACCACAGUCGCCCGCCAAACAUACGCCAGUAUCGCAGCCAUCUACACCCAUCUUAA